UGUGUGUGUGUGCUGGCAGUGGCGGAGGUGAGGAGCUGCUGCUGCUGCUGCUGCUGCUGCUCACUCUGCUCCGCUCUGGGAAAAAGCGGCCGACGGAUUAUCCAGCUCGGUAACGUUAGCUCGCCCGGCUAACGGUCAAGACAGCAACCGAGGGAAGAGCCAUGAAAAGCCGAUGGAGCCAGUGAAAGUUAGUCACGGCUUACUUCGGGACUUUAAUGUACGGAUAUAAACAAAAAAGGAGGUUCGCGGAUCAUGCCGUCGCCCCCAAAGGGAACUUUUCUCUAGAAUUUCCACUUGGGAAAGGCUAGCUUAGGGGCUAGCGAGGCUACAAACUAUUUUUAAUUGGCUUUGAGCUCAAUGGCUCUCGCUUGUUUUUCCCUGUCAUAGCGACAGCUUGGGGGGAAUUCAAACAGGGGAGAGGCCCUGUGAACUUCAUGACAAACCAAAGCCCGGCUUUGAAGCGUAACUUCGGAAGGAUAGACUGGCAAGGGACCGAAAAUGAAGAAGCAGUUCAAUCGGAUGAAACAGCUCGCCAAUCAAACAGUCGGCAGAGCGGAGAAAACAGAAGUCCUCAGCGAUGACCUCUUACAGAUUGAACGGCGCAUGGAGUUGGUGCGUGUGGUGUCCCACAACACACACAAGAGGAUGGUGUCAUGUCUACAGGGACACAUCGGUGCAGAAGCAGAGAAGAGACAUUCCGUACCACGCCUCUAUACAGGAAAUGGUCAGAAAAAGCUUCCUCUGACUUCGCUAUCCCAGGCGAUGGUGGAAGGCGGAAACCAGUUGGGAGAAGACUCCUUAAUAGGGAAGAUGAUGGAAGUGUGUGGUGAGGCAGAGAAUCGUCUGGCAUCAGAACUGAUGCAACAUGAGCUGCAGAUAGAGAAGGACGUUCUGGAUCCCCUCAGCCAACUAGCAGAGGUGGACAUUCCCAACAUCCUGAAGCAGAGGAAACAGCUGGCCAAAUUGGUGCUGGACUAUGAUUCUGCCAGAGCAAGAUGGUUGCAGGCAACCAAGUCAAUAAUCUCAGGAACAAACACUCAAGCACUGACGGCCAAGGCUGACUUACUCAAGGAGGAGAUGGAUGAGGCCAUGAACAAAGUGGAGCUUUGCAAGGAUCAACUUGCUGCAGACAUGUACAGUUUUUUCUCAAAAGAAGGGGACUAUGCCUGCUACUUUGUAACACUCUUAGAAGCUCAAGCUGAUUACCACAGAAAGUCUCUCACUGUUCUGGAGAAUGUCUUGCCAACCAUCCAGGCACAGCAAGACUCGUGGACAGAGAAGCCUGCAUUUGGCACUGGCCUGGAUGAACACCUGAAAAGGAGCGGGAGGGAGAUCGCCCUGCCAUUAGAGGCCUGUGUCAUGAUGCUUCUGGAGACUGGCAUGAAGGAAGAGGGCCUAUUCAGAAUCGCAGCAGGGGCCUCCAAGCUAAAGAAGCUAAAAGCAGCGCUGGAUUGUUCCACGUCACAACUGGAGGAGUUCUACUCUGACCCCCACGCUGUUGCUGGAGCACUGAAGUCCUACCUGAGGGAACUCCCUGAGCCUCUAAUGUCAUAUCAGAUUUAUGAUGAAUGGAUCCAGGCGUCCAGUGUGUCAGACCCAGACAAGAGGCUCCAGGCACUCUGGGUUGUAUGUGAUAAGCUACCAAAGAACAACAAAACCAACCUGAGGUAUCUGGUGAAGUUUCUAUCCAAACUAGCUCAGGACAGCGAGGUGAACAAAAUGACUCCGAGCAACAUUGCCAUCGUCCUGGGACCCAAUCUGCUGUGGGCCAAAACCGAGGGGAGUCUGGCUGAGAUGGCUGCAGCUACCUCUGUACACGUGGUGGCCAUCGUGGAGCCCAUCAUCCAGCAUGCUGACUGGUUCUUUCCCGAGGAUGUGGAGUUCAAUGUGUCCGGCAUGUUUGCGAUGCCUACACCUGCAUCCAACCACAACAAUCACCUAGACUACGACUGUGGAACCAUUGAGAGGAAGAGGCCUGGCAGUAUGGUGGGACCAGAGAACGACCCGACGCGCAAAGACAACACCCCUAACAAGCACUCGGACUACACCCUCCGUAGAGGCAGUAACACCUUAGGUAGAAAGCAGCACACUUCACCUGCCUUCCAGCCUCCUUUACCCCCUGUGGAGGCUCAAGGGCAGGGGCACGGGGCUGGGCAGGUCCCCCAGCUCUCGGCUGAGCCCCAGCCCCAGUCACAAUCUCCAUCAGGGGGUUCAGGGCCUGAAGCUUCCCAGCAUAGCUUGGCGCAGGGUCUGGCUGCUCUCGCAGCUGCUCAGCAGCUUCUAGCCCAGCACACAGAGGAGCUCAGCAACCCAAAGCUACGUGACUCCACACCUGCCCAUACCCCUCUGCUCCAGAGGAAUGGCUCUGGUGGAGGGGGCCAGGCUGCAGGGCAGCUGGGCACUGGGACUUCCGGGGGUGGAUCCAUGGGGCCGAGUCCACAUACGAUGCGCAGAGGUACCAAGAAGCAGGCUCCUGCCCCUCCCAAACCGACAAACCCUCCACCCAGCCAGCCCUGUAACUCAGUGAACAACGCCUCCUCAUCAGGCUCAUCCCAGUCCCUCAGCCCCACUCCCAGACCCUUGUCCAGCCACUCGCCCACCUCGCCCACCUCCCCCACCUCGCAGCCAUGUGCCACGCCCAGACGCCACUCCAGCAACCAGCCCCCAAUCCAGGCGCCCAGCCACCCACCCCCGGAGCCUCCGACACAGGCCAGCCCUCCGACGCAGCCGGCAUCCCACGGCCAUCCCGGCGGCGACCAGCGGAGCGCAGACCCCUCACCCCCAAGCACCCCUACCCCUCCGGACACCCCUCCUCCCUCCACCACCACCCAUGAUGUAGUCGCACCUCCGUCCCCGUCGCCCUACCUGUCGGGCUCACUUCCCCGGCAGCGGCCAGUCCCCAAACCCCGGAACAGACCCAGCGUCCCGCCACCGCCCCAGCCCACCACGCCGGCCAGUGAUACCAAUGGGAUAUGUGCCACUGCUUACAAGAUGAUGGACCCGGCGAUGUCUUUCAAAGGGCUGAGUCGAGCUUUGGUCCCUGAGUUCGCUGUAGACCAGCAGCCAGUGACCACCUCCUCCUCCUCCUCCCCGCCUCCUCCCAAAGACUAUGACCUGGACACCGAGAGCACUGUCCUAUAAGGAGGAGAUGACGACGCGCUCUGGUCCAGUAACCCCCCCCACGCAUCUCCUCCCGUCAUUCAUUCACACACCUCGUUUAGUCUGCUCGUGUUUUUCGUCCCAGCCCGCGUCUGCAGCCCGCCUCAGAGAGAAUAAAACCUCUGCUGUCAUCUUCUCCCAGUCCAGCCUGUAUGAAGGACUUCAAUGUGACAUAACGCACCUUCUGGCAGCCAUGAUGGAGGUCCACAGCUCUUGGUAAACAAUGGCUGUAAUGGUAGACUGCGUUUGCAACUAAAUUGACUCGACAAAGUUAACGCGUGUUGCUCAUUUCCCCAAUUGCAUUUCAUUCUCAGCAUUUAAACCGAGAUACAAACGUAUUUGCUGUACACACUUUCAAUCACAUGCUAACUAAUGUAUGUGGCAGUUGCUAGCAUUUGUAGCAGCUACUACAGUUAGUUGGAUUCCAAAGUCAAAAAAACAUCCAUAAUUUAGAUUAUCUUUAUAUUAUAUAUGUAAGAUGACCUGUAAUAUGUCAUAGUUAGAGCUGAAAGUCCAGUAAUCAUAAUCAGAAACAGUUUCGAUUACCGGUUAAAACACCAAAAAAACAAGCAAGUUUAAUUUAUAAACCUGGCAUUUUUCACUAUUUUGGACAUUUUAUUGACCAGUUGAUUAAUUGAGUAAAGAAUCACUGUAUUGGACCAUUUCCUUUGACUUAUAAUGAAUGUAAACUGACCUUCAGCCCCACCGCCACAGUCUUCUUCAGGUGUCUCUCACUCUCAGUCUAGCUGUUAGCAAUCAUUAUUUACUCACAGAGAGUCCUCUUGACCUCCAUGAUGGCGCCACAUGUGGUCAUGAGAAGACUUGUGACACAAAGCCUCUACACUGCAACACACACACACACACACACCUCUUUAUACUGCGCUCCCUACAGAUCAAGCUCCAGACAAUCAACAACAAACAGCUGAGGACCACAGAGUCACCAGUAACACCAUCAGACAACUGUGUUAAUGAUGAUUCAUCGCAAUAUGAAGCAUGGGUACUGACUGAGGAAGGGGUUGGGUUGGGGGGGGUAGAAACGCCAAAAUCUGUUGUUAAAAAUACGGACUGAUGAGACUUGUUUGGAAUUUGGUGUGAGGUGUUUUUGUAUUUUUUAAUGUUGAAAAAUGGUCUUAAAACAAGAAGUGAAAUAAGAAGGGUAUUUCUACAGCACGGGAGGGGAGGGGGGGGGGGGUCAGCAGGUAGGAGUAGAAACCAAAACUGUUGCUUAAAGUGUAGCUGGUGACUGCAGGUUUCCAGUCGUCUCAAACACUUGAUUUACCCCUUUUUUUUGUAUUGAAACCCCAUCCUUUUCUUCCCCCCCUCGCUCCUGUAUUUAUUUACCGAUUUCACAACACACAUUCCCUGUGGCUUGACAUAAUUAAUGCAGUCUUUAAAUGUAAAUCAUGCCUUAUCGGUUCCUCCCAGGACCACAUAAUAAGAAUUAUAUAUUUACUGUACGGAGGAUAUAUUGGCCCCUAGUUCUACAGUAUUUCCAAGAAGCUGUCUUGGCAACACGUAUGUUUCAGGGAUGUAAGGAAGGUGAUCGGACCCUCUGCGAUAGAAGUCUUGUAUGGGUUCUGUAUUGUUCCACAGAAGAUGUGUAUUUAAAUGUGUUUUCGGUUGAUUUCUUUGGGUUUUCUGAGCAGAAGUAGCAGGGUUAACCGCCCUCCCAGCCUGAACACAGUCAGUAUUUUGUCUUUCUGUUUUUUUUUCCCAUCGAUCUUUUGUGUUUUUCUCUGGUGUUUACCGGGGGAAUAGCAACAAGCACCGGGCUGUGUGUGAGUGAAUGUAGUGAAAGGAUAAUUCUUAGUAGCCUGAACAGAAAGACGCAUUAACCGCUGAUGUUGCACUUGGCCAAUGAGUGGUUUCCUAGUGAACUGGUUUAGAGGAUUUUUUUAUUUUUUUUUCAGUCUUUCCCACUGAGCUGAGCACACAGCGCUGUGAAACCUCAGUAGUGAUGUGGUGUUAGAUUUUUUUAUUUUUGCCAGGUCAGAAGAUAAAACAGUGCUUUGUUGUAUUUUUUGUGUAAGCUUUGCUUUUUUGGCUUUUUGGAUGUGAGACCCAAUAUGGUACCAAUGGAGAAAGUCUUGGAAGCUGCAGUUGCUCCUGAAAACAAGUUUUUGUAUUUCAGAGCCAAUCGAGCAUUAUAAUCCCUUCCUUUUCUCUCUUCGCUCCUGUACCUCGCUGCCUUAUCCCUGUGCAUCAAGAGAGCUCGGUGGCUCUUCAAGACGAACAAAUGCCAUUAAACUAGAAAUGAUAAUGCUGCAUUUUUAAGCUCCAUAGUUUUUGUAUGUAUGCCGUCUGGUGAGCUUAAAUAUGGAAUAAAAACAUGUAAUAUGAAUGCUUGGUUAUACCCCCUCCAAAGAAAAUAAAGUAUAUGAAGAAACUA